AUGUGGAUGCUCGUGCCCUUCGCUUUUGCCGGAAAGCUGCUGAGUUCCCUCCGGAAGCCACUAGGCUCUCUGUGGGGCAGCGUGGUCCCCUGGUUCUUCUGGCUCAGGUCAGCACUCUGGCUGGCAGGGGGCAAGAACACCCGGUUGGCACCUCCGAGGGGCCAGGGAGAACGGCAGGAGAGCAGAGGGGAGGAGGAGGAGGGCCCAGACCCGCCCACCACCCCCACCAGCGUCAACUACCACUUCACCCGCCAGUGCAACUAUAAGUGUGGCUUCUGCUUCCACACGGCCAAGACGUCCUUCGUGCUGCCCCUGGCUGAGGCCAAGCGAGGGCUCCAGAUGCUGCAGGAAGCUGGGAUGGAGAAGAUAAACUUUUCGGGCGGAGAGCCGUUUAUUCACGACCGCGGCGAGUACCUGGGCAAGCUGGUGAGGUUCUGCAAAGAGGAGCUGCGGCUGCCCAGCGUGAGCAUCGUGAGCAACGGGAGCCUGAUCCGGGAGCGCUGGUUCCAGAACUACGGUGAGUAUCUGGACAUCCUCGCCAUCUCCUGUGACAGCUUCGAUGAGCAAGUCAAUGUCCUUAUCGGCCGUGGUCAAGGAAAGAAGAACCAUGUGGAAAAUCUUCAGAAACUGAGGGCAUGGUGUCGCGAUUACAGAGUGGCCUUCAAGAUAAAUUCUGUCAUUAAUCGAUUCAACGUGGAUGAGGAUAUGAGGGAACCCAUUAAAGCCUUGAACCCUGUCCGCUGGAAAGUGUUCCAGUGCCUCCUGAUUGAGGGUGAGAAUUCCGGAGAGGAAGCUCUGAGGGAAGCGCAACAAUUCGUUAUCAGCGACGAAGAAUUUGAAGGAUUCUUAGACCGCCACAAAGAGGUGUCCUGUCUGGUGCCCGAGUCCAACCAGAAGAUGAAGGAUUCCUACCUUAUUCUGGAUGAGUAUAUGCGCUUCCUAAAUUGUAGGAAUGGGCGGAAGGACCCUUCCAAGUCAAUCCUGGAUGUUGGUGUAGAAGAAGCUAUCAAAUUCAGUGGAUUUGAUGAAAAGAUGUUUCUGAAGCGAGGAGGGAAAUAUGUAUGGAGCAAGGCAGAUCUGAAGCUGGACUGGUAG